AUGAUUUGCUGCUCUGUAGCAAUUGCAGAGGUUUACAAAGACGAAGGAAAUAACGAAUACAGAAAAGGAGAUUUUAACAACGCCAUUUACUUCUACACGGAAGGAAUAAAAGUGAACUGCAAGAAUAAAGAGCUGAAUGCCAAACUGUACAGCAACAGAUCUGCGGCACAUUAUAGUUUGGGUAAGAGUUCUAUAUCGUCAAUCUCGUUCCCAGGGUUCUCUCCUACCCGCCCUANGCCAAACUGUACAGCAACAGAUCUGCGGCACAUUAUAGUUUGGGUAAGAGUUCUAUAUCGUCAAUCUCGUUCCCAGGGUUCUCUCCUACCCGCCCUAUGGAGCGAGAGAGAGAGAGACGGGUCUCUCUUCCUCUCGCUCCGUAGGGCGGGUAGGAGAGAACCCUGGGAACGAGGUUGCUAUAUCGUUUGUGCUUGACACUUCUAAGGCGCCGCACGUCAACCGGAAAUGAGGUCUCUUUCAUUUUAAAGCACCUUGACGCUGCCAAAUUUGUAUUUCUAAGUGUCUUUACUGUUAUAGAGACGAUCUGUCCAAACAUUUGGGCAAAACCCCGUUUAAAAAUGAAAAAAGACCACUUCCGGUUGACAUGCGUCACUCAAAUUACCUUAUUAUAGGAAAUUAACGCUCCAUGAAAAUUUAAGUAUUGGAAAUUAACGCAACUUAACCCGAAAAACCCGUAAAUUAACCCGAAUUUAAUGGAAAACGACUUUCGAAUAAAGAAAAUUAACGCGAAAGAGGAGGUAGAAUUUCAUAAUAAAGGAAAUUAACGCGAUUCUCAUAUUCUGUCGAGAGAGACUAUGUUGACGAUUAGAAAUCUAUCUUAGCCGAAAUCAAAGGAGAAGAUAUUGACCUCACUUCUGACAGUGACAACGAUGAUCAUGAACUUGAAAUAUUGUAAACCUUCUCCUUAGCUUUUGUGAAAGAUGAAAAAUAAAGGGUAAAUGGAAAGAAAGAAAGCUUGUAGUUAAUGUUUUUUAGGUGUCAGGAAUUUCUGGACAGGUUCUAAAAUUGGGGUUAAAAUAGUGGAAAUUAAGAGCGCGGAAAUUAACGCUGCACUUAAUUAACGUCGCGGAAAUUAACGCUCAACAAAAUUAACGCGACUUAAAUUAACGCGAAUUUUUGACGAUUCGUGUUAAUUUCAUGGAGCGUUAAUUUCCUAUAAUAAGGUAAGCUCCCUAAUGAUGCAACAAACAGGUGGAAUAGUUCUAAAACAUGUAUUCCACACUCGGAUGCCUUGCUCUCUUUUUUCUGGAAUGUAAAUUGUCUUUUUCUUUUCCAGGUAAUUACACUGAAACACUGAAUGAUGCAGAAAUUGCUACUGGUUUACAACCAUCCUUUUUAAAAGUUUUUAUCCGAGGUGAGCUCUUAAGAUUCGGACUAAACUGGGCGCGGCCAAGUUUGGCUGAGGUCGCACGCGAAGUCCUUUUUGAUAAAGAAAUCAGGAAACGUAUCCUGCAAAACGUUUUAGUAUUUUCACUACUCCAAAGUGAUCUUGAAACUAGCAGAAUAUUUUCGCAACCACCCUUUAUUUCAGUUAAACAUAACAAAGCGUCCACAACUUUCUAGGUAUAAGCACUUUAGAAUUUGAUGAUCACACUGGAACUUUCAAAUGAUUGCACACAUGACGGUGAAGCUAGUAACUUCAGCUAAGCAAGUAAUAUUAUUUAUAACGUAUACAAAAUUCCGUCGAGACGCGAACGGUCCGUCACCGCCACCACUGCUGCAGAUGUUGUCUAUUAUAAAACUUGAAAUGUAUGUGAAAAGACCUACAUAAAAGAAAACGAAACUUCUGCCGGCGAACAUCUCGAGAUAAUCAGAAGAAAAAAUAUCGUAAAUAGAUCGAAACUGGUUUGCGAGAAUCUUGAACAACAUUUGUCUUUUAACCGAUAUCAUUUGGGUAACCACGGAAUUAAAGAACGAUAGGCAUUGAGUGAAUUUAUUGUUCCUGUUUAUCGUCAGUUUUUUCCCCUAGUUUUAAAAUCAUUUUUUGGCUGAAAUACAUGAUUAGAGCGAUUUUCAUAUGACCCUGAAAUAAAAACGCGCGAACAAAACAGAACAACAAACGAAUGGAAAUAGAGCGAUUUGAUUGGUUUAUCGAACGGAUGUAAGCGCGCGUGGUUUUUGGUUGGUUGAGCCAACGCCCGGGUGAAAAAACUUCAAGCCCGAGAACUUUCUAGAAAUCAGCAGAUACUUCGCUUUAACGUCAUACUGCAACACGAUUGGCCAAUCGAACAAUGCCCUCUCCACAUUAGGGUUUUCUUUGGCGGGAAAACGAAGAGGCCAUGCUUUGAUCUUUUCAUUUAAGGUACGGAAAAACGGGCAACAAAAAACGUGCAGUUUGUUUUGCAACAUUGCUGCAAAACGAUUUGAAUAGCGAUGUUGCACGUUUUACCACCCAUGUCCAAACCUGUUAACAACCUAAUUUGUUGCAAGACAGGUUUGAUAUGGGAGGUAAAACGCGCAACACGUUGCACGUUUUUUGUUGCCCGGUUUUCCGUACCUUUGUUGGCUGAUAAAACAAGUAACGAACACUUACCGAAACCAUUUUCCAAGGACAUACGAAAAUCGCUGUAAAGCAAAAACUAAGAUUAAGGCCUCUUCCACGCGAAUCCAGACAUUUUGAAAGCGCAUAAUUUGUGCACGAAUUACUAAACCAGAUUGGUUUAAGGCUCUGUCUAGACGAUAUCUGGCUACAAAAAUAUGCGGUUUCAAAAGAUAUCCGGAUUCGUGUGAACUCGACCUAAAAUUGACCGAAGACACAGAAAGUUAUGUUGACAUGAUUAGCCUUUUCUUAAGUUUAAUUGUUUGAUGACUGUGUUAUUUUUUUGGUUCCUUUGUAGGAGCAAGUACCUGCGUUCAGCUGAGUCGAUUUGACGAAGCCAUCAAGUGGUGUAACAAAGGAUUAGCAGUAUCCUUAACUUGA